AGGAAGAACAUAGGAUAACAGCAGAGGCUCGUGUGAUGGAUCUAGAAAAACAGAUAAAAGAUAUACACGACGAAAACAAACAACUCUUGGAACAAUCGGAUAGACUUGUGAAAAUGAGUAGCGAGAAGUGCCUCGAUUACCUGCCGGGCAAAGAAAAUGAACCUUCACUAACCGAAGCGGAGUUAUGGAAGCAACUAGAAGCUACCAAAACUAGACUAGAACAAGUCACAGCUGAGCUAAAACGGAGCCGUGAAGACAAAGAAGGCUUAUUAAAGUCCUUGGCCAAAAUAGCGCAAGAAGGCUCCGAGAAUAACAUAGCUAACGAACUGCUGCUGAGGGAGCAAAACAAUUUUAAACUCCAACAGGUUAUUGAAGAACUAAAACAAACGAAUCAAUCAAUGAAUGAAAAACUAGCGCAAAAAGACCGUCAGAUUAUUUCACUGAAUAUCGAAAUCUCGCGAAAAGAAUACGAGUGUUGUAGUAAGAAUACCCACGAUAACCACGAACUUACUUUAGAGGUUACGGAGUUAUCCACGCAAGUUGCGCAGUUGAAGCGCGAACGCGAGUCGCUGGUGACUGCGGCAAUGUCGCGCGCGCUGAUGCUGGAGCGUCAUGAGCGUUGCGCGGAACUGUUCGCGCGCGUGACGCGCGCGCGCCGCGACAUGAUCUCGCAGCUCGAGAGCCGACGGGAACGGCCGCGCGGUGAACCCGAAGCUAAACUGUCGAGCUCGCUGUCGCCGGUGUGCCUGAAGGCCGCAGAGACCUGGACGGAGCUGCGGUCGGACCGCGAGCGCCUCCUGCAGCUGCAGGACAUGGUGGCCUCGCAGGACCUGCAGCUGAAGCGUGAGCGCCGCGUGCGCAACCACCUCGAGCAGCGGCGCGCCAUCCUCGAGCGGCUUUUCCUUAACCGCUCCAAUUCCAGCCAGUAUAUCGCGGCGGGCGUGACUUCGUAUCUCGGUACCUCUUCUUAUUUGGCAAAAGAUGCUGUUUUCACUGGUAAGAAAUGUAACUGA